CACCUAAAAUAAAGAAUUACGAAACAUAUACAAUACAAUUCUAAUUAAUGAUAAUAUAAAAUCUGUUACUUCUAAAACUAUACACUAUUUUUUCCAUUUUGAAUGAAAGUAUCUUCGUAAACACACAAAAUAUUUUGUGACGUUGCAAUUAUACAUACACACAAUAUCUGACUCUUCAUACUGACGUUACUGUGUUCCCUCUCGUGAGGUACGGGCUGAGAGAGAACACAGGAUGCAGACCGAUCAUGUUCUUAUGCCCGCACAGGGUGCGGGUCGGUCACCUAGUUUUCAUUACUUGUGUAUAGAAUUCUAUUAAUUGUUAUUAACUUUUAAGGUAAGAAAUUAAUGGUAUAAUAGGAGAAAAGAAAAAAGAAUCAUUUCAAUUAUUAAAUGUCAUUGUACCUUUUAAUAUAUAGAUAUAUAAAUAAAAGUUAUUUUUUUAUAAUUUUCAAAUAUAUGGUUUUAAAUUUGAAAUUUUUUAUAUAAAAGCUUUCAAUUUUUUUUUUCAAAUUGUUUUUUUUUAAUUCUUUUUGAAUUUCUAAAAUUCUUUUUAAAACUAUUUUAAUUUUUUUUUUUACUUUUAUUAAAUUUUUAAUAUUUGUUUUCUACUUUUAUGUUAAAGUUGUAAUUUGUAUUAUUUCAUUGUUCAAUUUUGUGUGUUUUUGUAUGCGAGUGUUUUUUUUUGCAUAGAUUUCAAAAAUCUUAUGAGUAUAGAUGAUAUUCUCAAAGUUUAGUCUUAUGAGUAAAAACAAAGAGAAUUUACAUCCCAAUAACAAUAGAUUUUAAUAGAAUCUUAAAAUCAAUGAAAACUAAACUUUUCCAAUAACAAAAGAUUUUGAGUGGAAUUUAAAAAUCAUCAUCCCAAUAAAAAUGGAUUCUAAUUAAAUUUUAAAAAUCCAUAAACCAAUAACAAUGGAAUCUCAAAAUUUAAUAAUUCCUCUUGAAUUCUUCUACCAAUAACCCCCUCUUAAGUCUUAAUAUAACUAAUUAAAUGGUCCAACUAUGACUUUUCAAUAGUAGAUAAAAAAUAUAACUUUAAAUUAAUAGAAUAGAUAUUUAAUUUUAUAAAUAUAUGUUAGUUUUACAAAUUUAAAACAUGUUAUAUACAAAAAAUAUAUGUUUUUAUACAUAUAUAUAUAUAUAUAUAUAAACACUUUGAAUAAGUAUUUUUAAACUUAUAAGUUAAUUAAAAAGAGAAGUGAAAGUGAAAAAAACAAUAUAAUAAAUAUUGUAAUGGGUAUAGACUUAAUUUUGUUGUUUGCUAUAGUCAUAUCGCCAAAUUUCCUUUGAUUAAAUACAAUUUCAAUUCUUUAAAUCCAUUGGUCCAAAGGCUAUAGCAAACAAUGGGUUUAAAGAGUUGAAAAUUUGAAAUUGUAUUUAAUCAAAUGAAAUUUGGCGAUAUGACUAUAGCAAACAACAAAAUUAAGUCCCAAGAUUGCACAUUGAAGAGAUUGAAGAAUUUCUUUGGACUUGAGACUUAAUCGAGUACAAGUUCUGUCUAACCAUAAUCAACACUCUCUACACAAAUGUUAAUGAGUCGAUGACUAUGUUUUCCGAAAUGCACGACUUAGAAAAUAGAAAUGUAGUACAUAGACCUCCGGCUUAAUUGUACUUAAAUGAACUACUCAGGAAUUGACACUACCACGAUCAUACCUUAGUAUAUUGCACCCCUUGCUGGGCAUUUUCAUCAUUACUCACAAGUGAAUUAAUGGUCUAAGAGCAUUUGCAAUGUAUACUUCUAUAUUUUUUUUUAAAACAGAGAUUUUUAUUAUAGAGGUAUAAUUUCUUCAAUGUAUGUUUCUUUCGUAGAGUUUCUUUAUUUUAGAAAAAAAUAUAGAAAAAAAAUAUUUUUUGUCUCUAUUUUUAUAGGUAAAAUAACAUAUCUCUAUAUUUUCUUUUAUAAAUAGAAAAAUUCUGUUAUAGAUGUAUACAUUGGAGCAGGGCUGUCCCUCCCAUAAGGCCAGUGAAGCUGGAGCUUUAGGCCACAAAAUAAUUUACAAUUUUUGAGGCCACAUUUUUUAAUAAUGAUUAUAGUUAGGUUAAAACAUUAAUUUUCACAUUUUGUUUCGGUUGGAGUCUUGGAUCUUCAAAGUUAAAUAUGUUGGACUUGUAACGUUUCCACUAUUUUUCUAUUUUGACAUGUGUGUUUUUCUCUUCUAUUUGAGUAACUUAUUUGUUAUUCUUUCUAUUUAUUUAUUUUUGUUACUAAAGAUAAUAAUAAUAGUUAAAAAAGAAAAUAAUAAUAGUUCAAACAAACUAGUGAUUUUAAUUUAUUAAAAUAUCCACUACUGAUUUAAUAUUCAUCUGAAUUUUUAUUUAUACUUUUUAUUUAUAACUAAACUACUAUAUCAUUUUAUAUUUUAAACAAAAAUAUUAAAUAUAUUUUGGAUCAAAAAUAUUUAAAAAAAUUAAAUAUAUGUUACCACAUAAAUUUGCUUUAGGCCACGAAAUCUACUGGGACGGCACUGCCAAUAGCUUAGUAGAAGUUUAUAUUUGAGCCGUUUAAUGAUUUCAGAAAAGUAGAAAGACACUAAGAAUUCCUUUUAGCUAAUUCUCAUAAAUUAUUUUUAGUAAUAUAAGGAAAUCUGGAUCUAACUUUGGUCGAUACAGAUUGGAAAAUAUGCUUAAGUAAAUACGGAAGUGAUCCUUGUAAUACGUCAGCAAACGUGUUGCACGCCAAAUUAUUUCGGAAUGUUUACACGGAGUAUUUUAUUGUAAGAUGCGACUUUCUUAUUAUUAUAGCGAAAACAAGUACUAAGGUUGUAAACAAACAAUAUUGUAUCGUAUGUCCAGUUAGUAUUUGUCAUAUUUUUCCAUGUUUUUAUUUCGUGUUAUUAUGAGCUGUGCUUGAUCUAGAUAGGAGUCUGUUGCCGGCAAAAUAAAAAGUCUUCUCUUCUUAUCGAAAAUAAAAAAAGAUUCAAUUGAGUUGGGACAUUCAACGUGAAAUGAGUCCAGUCUUUCCAUCUCUUUCGUCAUCUCGGUGACGAUGAUCUUCUGUCAUCCAUAUGAUCUGACCAAUGUGAUAAUUAUUUAGCUUUUAACAUAAGACUAUAUAUAAUAAUAUGUAUCUUUUUAAAUUAAUAAUUCUCUAUUGUAUAUAAAUGUAAAUAAAACUAAUAAUUUAUUAGUAAAUAUUUAAAAUAUGAAAAAGCUGCACUAAAUUUCUUAUUUAUAUGUCUUGGUAUAAAUUUCUAAGAAAAUAAAUAUCUUUUAAUAAAAUAUUAAUUUAAUCUUGUAUUUACAGUUUAAAUACUAAAAUUUAAUAUAAUUGGCUGCGUUCAUAUUUAAAAAAGACAUAUUGGAAUACCCACUAAUAAUGAUCUAAAUCCCUUAAAGUAAAGCUUCAGCUAGUUUUUAUUUCUGUUAGCUCGACUAAAUUUUUGUUCGGAGGAUUAAGCUAUGGUGUAAAUACUAUGAUGACAGUAUCAAUAGUUUAUAAUUCAAUUAACUUCAAUGAAAAUUGAAACUAAUAUAUGUGAGCAUACUUAAAAACAUUCAAAACUUAAAUUUAAGUACAAUCUAAAUUCAAUAAUAAAUAUGUAAAAUAAGGCUAAUGUUUUGCUUUUUUUUUUUGUAAAAUCCCACAAAGUAUUGGGUUGUAUAUAUAUUACUUAAACAGUAGUUUUCUGUUAGUUAAUUAAAGUUCCAUAGUUUUGGUUUUAUUGUCUAAAAUAUUGUCAUGUAGAAACGUGCUGAUAGGCGGCAAAGUCAAAACACUUCAUCAUCAUCGGACAAUCAAUAAUUCGAUAUGAAUAUGAUGCUAUAUAAGCAGAAGACAUCAUCAUCUUAUUAAGUACAUUUUGAACUGAAGAAGAGACAGAGACUUCUCUUGAUCUCAGUCUCUCUUUUGUUCUCCUUUUUCCUUUCUUUUGGCCCUUCCUGUCUUCCACCUUGUCCUCUUUUGAUGGCGUUCGCCGAAGUCAUGGAGCUCACCACCGGGACAGAAAAGCACCACCAGGAGGUAGAAAUGAAAGAAGAGGACGACCAAGUUGUCGGGUUGGAGAGAAAAACGUCGUCGUUGGCUCAUGAAAAGAGACCCGAUAGUGCAGAUAGCAGUACUAUCACCACUACCAACACAAGCUCGUCUUCUAGCUUUUCUGGUGAUGGAGAGCGUGUCACGAUAGAGAGUCUGGAGGUCUAUGAGUCAGCGGAGAAAGAAAUCGGAUUUCACGGUGAGCACGACGACGUGAACAAUGGCAACGUCUACUUGGACGUACACCAAGGUUGGUAGUAACUAAAGCCUUCUAAUUAUAUUUCAUGUUUUGAGCUGUCCUCUUUGGUUCCGUUCCCUUAUUUUGCAUGCGGACAUGAUUCAAACCUAGUAGGCUAUAAUUAGAUAGUUACUUAUUUAGGAAAAAUUUAAUGAUACGUUACAGCUAGUGCAUGGUGAUGAGAAGUCAUUUGUUAUGAUUUGUUGCUUGUGAAUGAAGGAAUAUGGAAAUGUCAUCACUGUGAUUUGUUAUGUUUUGAGACCAAAGGUCAGUCCUGUGUUAUAGGGCUUCUUUGACCAACAACUUCUUUUUUUUAGAGAUUAGAUCUUUCCUCUCAUGUUGAUAUUGGUUGAGUUGUGGUGACUAGUUGACAAUGUGUUGCUUGGUUGAAGAUGACAUCAUGUAUAACUGAGAUUCUGGUUAAUUCUUCUUAUGUUAGGUUCUGAGUCAUCUGAUGCGGAAUCUGAUGAUCAUGAGUCCCAAACUGUUGACCACUUGAAUGGGAAGAAAAAAGUGACAGAGUUUGAAAAGGGUUCAUCUUCUGAGGAGAGCAAAGGAUCACGUGAGAUCGAUGAAGUACAAGACGGUGAUAUCCCUGAAGAGGUGGAGGUGAUAGAGGAGGAGGAAGUGGACAUCGAAGAUGUUAAAGAUUACAAGGCGAAGGAACUGGUGGAGAACCAAAAGACACCUGAUCUAUUAUGUCCAAAAUGCAAGAAUUGCAUCACCAAAGUGGUUGUCCUCAAGAAAAGGGUCCUCCUCAGGAAAAAGGUUGCCCACAAGAAAAAUAAGCAGAGCAACCCUAAUGUGCCGGAGAGGCCUGCAGCGACAAGGCCUAGCGGGACUGAUGAUAAUCUUCGUUCGGAAGACAAUAUGAAAUCUGCUGUUAGUAGUGAAAACCCUAUAACUGGGUCCUUUUUCUACAAGUGCUUGUCCUGCUUCAGCAUAUUCAAUAUCGAACCCAUAGGUACAUUAUUGGUGGGUUCAAAUCCGGUUCCUCCCAGUGAAGUUAACGUGGGGAUUAACACUCAGCUAAAGCCUCCACAGGAGCCUACAGGCUGUUCCAACUGGAUCGUUUCAAUGAUUGGAAUUAAGAAAAACGAACAACUAGAAGAUAAAGCAAUGCCUAGUGUCCCGGAAGCUAAUCGGCCACGUGAUAACCAUACCCCUUUGGUAGUAGAUACGGCAGCCCCAUCUCCUGUUCAGGAUGAUGCAGUAACUUUGAUUCAAGGCAAAGUACGUCUCUCCCCGAUUCAACCACAACAUGACGUGAACGUACCAAAGGCAAUCACUAGUGGACCCAAUGAUUCAAGAGUAGAUAUUCGACAACUCCCAGUGAGUUCUCUGGAAGGAGAGACUCUAGAUGAUCCGUUACUGCCACCAGUUGUUGAAAGACGUAAACCGGAGAUCUUGAAAAGUAUCGUAUAUGGAGGUCUAACAGAAGCAAUCACAAGCCUCGGUGUUAUCUCAUCCGCCGCUGGUUCUGGUGCUUCAACAUUGAACAUUUUGGUAUUAGGGCUUGCAAACUUAUUUGGAGGGCUUAUCCUCAUUAUUCAUAACCUCCAAGAACUCAGAGAGGAGGAACCCAUCAUAGAAACAACAGCGAAUAACGGUGAAGAAGAAACUCGGUACAAGCGACUACUAGGACGAAGAGAAAACUUUAUGCUUCACGCAACACUCGCAAUUGUAUCUUUCAUAAUCACCGGACUACUCCCACCUGUUGUUUACUACUUCUCAUUCAGAGAAACACACAACAAAGACUACAAAGUCGCAUCCGUUUUCGGUGCAUCUCUGAUAUGCAUCACCUUCCUCGCUCUAGCCAAAGCUCACGUGAGGAACCCGAGAGGCAGCUACCUAAAGAGCGUCCUGUACUACGCAACGAAUGCUGUAUCGGUGUCGGGGAUUACCUACGUGGUUGGUAACGUUGUGAAUCAGUUGCUUGAGAAGUACGGAUGGUCUGAUGGGUCUGAAACUCCGGCUGGGGAGAUGAUGCUUUCGCUUAUGGGGAGAAAGGCUGUUAGCUUUUGCAUCUCUCCUUUGACUUGCAAAAAAAUCCACCAUUAUUUUCAUGAUAUGAUGGAAGUUACAAACUCACAUGAUUCACCAAACAAAGGACGUCGUCUCACCCCGAUGCGAUCAUCUCUCCCCGUAUCAACACAGCAAAAGAUGGCCAAUGAUGACAGGAAAAAACCACCAAAGAAAAAAGGACGUCUCACCCCGAUGCGAUCAUCUAUCCCCAUAUCAAACCCAGUGACUCUAGCGGAACCGUUACUGACACCAGUUGUUGAAGGACGUAAAGUGGAGAUAUUGAAAAGCAUCGUAUAUGGAGGUCUAGCAGAAGCAAUCACAAGCCUCGGUGUUAUCUCAUCUGCCGCUGGUUCUGGUGCUUCAACAUUGAACAUUUUGGUAUUAGGGCUUGCAAACUUAUUUGGCGGGCUUGUUCUCAUUACUCAUAGUCUCCACGAAAUCAGAAAGGAGGAACUACCCAUUAGAGAAACAACAGCUGAAAGCCAGACCAACGGUCAAAAAGAAACUCGGUACAAGCGACUCUUGGGACGAAGAGAAAACUUCAUGCUUCACGCAACAAUCGCAAUCUUAUCCUUCAUAAUCACCGGACUACUCCCACCUGUCGUCUACUACUUCUCAUUCAGCAAAACACACAACAAAGACUACAAAGUGGCAUCAGUUUUUGGCGCAUCUCUUAUAUGUAUCGCCUUGCUCGCUCUAGCCAAAGCCCACGUGAGGAACCCGAGAAGCAGUUAUCUGAAGAGCGUUAUGUACUACGCGAUAACUGCUGUGUCUGUGUCGGGGAUUACGUACGUGGUUGGUAACGUUGUGAAUCAGUUGAUUGAGAAGUACGGAUGGUCUGAUGGGUCUGAAACUCCGGCGGGAGAGAUGAUGCUUUCACUUAUGGGGAGAAAGGCUGGUGGCUUUGGAUACUCAUCAUCGUACUGAACACAGAAUCCAAGGUCGGGUUACUUUUCUCUUUUACUCUGCUUUGUGAGCUCUUGAUAAACCUUUGUGUGUGUGUGUGUGUGUUUUACCUUAUGCCAAAUCUUUGUUGUGUGUACGUAGUCGUUUCCAAGUGUAGGAAGCACAAAAUAAUAAAUGGUGGCUGUAUUCGAAUUUAUUUUUUGUAUCUUACCAGAUUUAUGUGA